CAAGGUCAAGGUAUUGAGAAAUAGUGAGAAGUUUGGUUUAAAGGUUUGUUGUGCUCUUUGUGAAAAGAUUAUUUCUGUGGAUCGUAUGGUUUUGUUGAUUUGUUUGAGGAAAUGCCUUGUUGGUGGGAUAGGGUAUGGUGGAGGUGGGUUUAUAGAAGGUGUGAGAGAUCUGGAGAGUUUGGAGAAUGUUGU